AUGGACUUGCUUGGAGCUGCAGCGUCUAUACCUCAAGUCCUGCAGCCUGGCCCUGUGUUCCACACCCCCCUAGCUCACCUGGACGGUGCCUCCUGCGCACAAGACCCGGUUGACGGGGACAAGGACGAGGCAUCACAGCUACAGCCCCGAGCUCCCGACACCAGCGCAGUAGAGCACGCGCUAGACUGGCCGACCGGCUGGAACCCACAUCAGGAAUACCUAGUCAGCGGGUCUGCCCUGUUAGCGGCCACACCGCAAUCCUCCCUCGACCCAGCUGAUCUCUUCAUGGCCAGAGAGCCUCAGCUACCUGCUGCCUCAGUCCUGCCGGCCUCAGACCCAAGUUGUAAUAGCGGCGUCUGUGCGCUUCUCAAUUGCGGCAGCGGUUCAAUUGCCCAACUGCCAACCAGUCAAGAAACUACGGAUAUAGUGCUGGGCGGGAACUGCACAGGUCGCAGAAAGCGAUUGGCUGCUGAGAUGCAGUUUGAAGGUGACGGUGGGCACGGGGCAUGUGGCACAGGCCCUGGCGGCUGUACAGGCGACCUGGGGUUGCGGCCUAGCGGGAGCUGCCACAACUGCCAGGGUUCGGAAGAACGGCCCUGUGUCGACACAGCAAGAGGAGGACCUGGCAGCAGCGGUACCCCGAACAAUGUCCACGGUAGUGGCAGUGGCGCUGCAGAUAUGGACGUCGCCGAUGGGGCCCAACACCAUGAAAGGGAAGUUUUUGGCAGUGAGGGGACACCAGCAGCGGUGGCUGUCGACGCAGCAGCCGCCGAGCCGUCCCGCUCUCCGCCUGAUGCUGGCGGCGGCAGCGGCGGCACCGCCCCCUAUGCUGCCCUCGCACAACAGCCAAGCACAACCGCGCCGAAAAGUGGCUGUGGCGGGCCUUCCGCAUCUGCGCCUGAGGCGGGUUCUACUGCGGUGAUGGAUACGUUGGCGAAGGAGCUUGGCCCGAUUAUGGCGCGAUGCGGCGGCGUGUCGGACACGCGUCAUGCGGGGCGGCUGGCUGCGCUGGUGGAGGGCGAGGAACGAUUGGGCGGACGACUGACGCUGCUGACCGUGGUGCAGCAAUCCACACAGGAUGUCCUGCGGCUCUUUGUACAGGGCACGGGACUACGAUCCCUGGAGCGUUGGGUGAUCCAGUUCCGUGACGAGGGCCGUCACCCCGCCCUUGUAAAGGUCAUCAGCUGCCUCAAGAUGCUGCCCAUUGACCUGAUCGCGCUUAAAGGCAGCAGCAUAGGCCAGACUGUGGGAAAGUUGCGCAAGCACACGAAUCAGGCUGUCCGUGCGGCCGCCGCUGAGCUGGUGGACCAGUGGAAGAGUGUCGUAGAUCGCUCCGUGGGCAAGGGAGAGGCGCGGCAGGGCGGCAAGUCCAAGGCGGAUGGCUUCGCACAAGAAGGGCCCAACAAGCGACCUAGGAAGCAAGCCGAUCAAUCGGGAGCCACAGCGGCAGCAGCAGCCGGGCCGGGGUCAUCAGGAAAGCAGCAACCUUCUGGACCCGGUAGUGACGGUGCUGCCACCAGCAACAGUACCGCUGCCUCCAGCAGCAAGCUGGCGGUGAUGGAUGACGACUUGUUCGUGUCGGCGGCCGCGGCAGGGGGCAGCGGGUCGGGUGGGUCUUCCUCGCACCCGCCAGGGCAGCACAGGUCGCUGGGACUCACCAGCUUCAUCACCGGAGCAAAGAAGGUAGGUCGCGGCUGGUGUGGCGUUAGCGCUGGAAGAGAAGCGCAGCUGGGAGUGCUGGCGGCCGAGGGGAAAUGGAAAAGCAGUCAUGACGGAUCGAGGGAGGUCCACGCCAUGAAGCUGGAAAAUGUUGUGCCUAGCCGGUUGGGUUCCAUGGGUGCUGCCCAGAGCACGGCAACAGCGGCAGGCGCGGCGGCGCCAGCGGGCAUGUCUGGCACCAGUGAAGCCGCUGCCGAGGACGGCAGCGGCGCACCGCAUUCUCCGACAUCUCCGCGUGGCGACGGUGCGGCGGCGGGGUUGGAAGCCGCUGGCGUCGAUGGCGCUCCGGGACCUGGCUCACCUAAGCCUGGCGGUGACGGGGCGGCAGCUCCGGGCGGCAGCAGUACGCCUUCGCUGGUGCCUUUGGCCGGCGGCGAGGGGCCCUCAGCUACGGCAGGUCCGGCGGCAGGCGCCGGCAGUGCGGUGCCGAAGGCGAUGACGUUGCCACGUCUCGGCACAUUGGCGGGCCCCAGCAAUCCCACGAGCGCGCACGCGAGGGCCAUGGCAGCCAGGGCGCGAGCUCCCUCGCCGGAGCCAGCGCCGCGUAGGGAGAAGAAGAAGACAGUCAGUUGGGCUGGUGACGACGGGCUUGCGUCGUACAGGCUUUUUAAGAAGGACGAUCCCCCGCAAGCCGCAAAAAGCGAUGCCGUCCUUACGGCGGAGGAUGAAGCUGCUGCAACGGCGGGCGAGGGGGCCGCCGGCUUUCAGUCGGCCGCUCGGCGGGAACACGCGUCAGAGCGGAUGGCCCUCAUUGCCCAGCACCAGCAGGAGGAGCAGGAGCGGCAGCAGGAGCUGGAGCGCUGGGCCGCCAUGCGGCCUACUGUCCCAUGGGUCGAGCCGCCAGAGCUGUACCUCGGUGCCGUCUUGCCGCAACAGCUGCCGGCGCUGGGGGAGGACAGCACUGAACGGGAAGUGCAAGUCCGGCUGCGCCAGCACACUCCACGGGUGGUGUACUACUCGCCCUCGCAGAUCCCGCCCUCCCCGGCGGAACCGCCGCCGGAGCCCGAGCCAGAUCUAUACCGUGUGCGCCACAUACCGCUAAACGUGCCUAGCGGCCCGCAGAUGCCAAGAGGGCAGCCGCCGCACCCUGGCGUGGCGUUGCCUCUGCCGUACGGUGGUCAGCUGCCGCCAGGGCAGUUGCCUGCUCCGUUGAUCCCGGGGGGCCCUCCGCCGCCGCCGCCGCCCCAGCAGCAGCAGCAGCAGCCACCGCUGGCCCAGGGAGCCCAGCCAGGCCUGCAGCAAGGGCCGCCGGCACAGCUGACCCUGCCGCCGGAUCUCGUGGCAUCCCUUCCAGCGCUCAUCAGUACGCUGGCCCAGCAGCCUCCUGGCCUACCCCAUGGAGGUCCGGCGCCGCAACAGCCGCAACAAGGGGGACCUGGGCCUGGCCAGGGUCCGGCAGGACCGGGGCCGCAGGGCCAGCCGGGGCCGCAGCCGCAGGGCUUGCUGCUGCCGCCGCACCAGCACCAGCACCCGCAUGGGCUACCGCACCCGCACGCGCGCGGGUCCCACGGCGGAUCUGGACCGCCGCAGCCGCAGGGGCCACAACCCGGCCAGCCGCCGGCAAGCGGACCGAUGGUGGGGGCUCCUGGCGGAGCUCCGCUGCGGCCUAUGGAGUUUGGCAUGCAGCCACCACCACCACACGCGGGCAUCGGUCCCGGUCCUGGACCAGGGCCGGGACGGCCUGGGGGUCGGUUUGAGCCAGGGCUGGGUCCAGGCCCGGGGCAGGGCCCUGGGGGCCCACCGAUGCCGCCGCGGAAGGACGGGCAGCCUACAGUGAUGAGGCCGCGGCGCGUGGACGAGCCGCCUGGACCGGGGCCUGGGCCUGGGCCGAUGGCGCAACCACACGCGCACCUCAUGGGCCCGGGGCGUGGGCCUCGCCAUGCGAUGCCGCCCCACCAUAUGCCAGGGAGCGGCGGCCCUGCGUCACACGGCAUGGGUCCCCUGGGUGCCGGGGGGGGCCCGGGCCCAGGAGGGUGGGCGCCGCCACCGGGGCCGGGUGGGCCGGGUAGCGGACCGCCGCCGGGGCAAGGCAUGGCUGGGCCUCCACCACCGGGGCCGCACGGGCCCUCUAGGACACUUUGCAUGUACUUCAACACUCCGGGCGGCUGCCGCAACGGCGAGAGCUGCCGCUUCCUGCAUGUGCACUCUCAGGACAUGGGCCCACCGUAUGAUAAUGGGCCGUACUCUGGGCCGGGACGCAGCGGCAUGGGCAUGGGCAGGCCUGGCGGCGGCCCGCCUCCGGGUAUGCCAGGAGGCAUGCGGCGAAGAUGA